AUGCUUGUCGUGAAGCCAUACGUGCAAUGGAAGGAGAUGAAGAAGAUCCAGAAUCAGGGCUACGUAGGCCUCGCCCAUGGUGACGGACCACAGGAAGACAUGGUUAGGCGGAGCGAUGAUCUAGAAGGCGAGGAAGAAGGAAAUGGGAGAGCUAUCGCAGAGGAGAUCGAUGAGGAGCACGACCAACAUGAUUUUGGUGAGGUCGUGAUUCAUCAAGUCAUCCAUACCAUUGAGUUCUGUCUGGGGUGUACUUCACUCACGGUACCAUAUUUUCGUCUGUGGGCGCUGUUGCUUACGCAUGCGCAGCUUUCUGAAGUGAUGUGGAACAUGAAGUUGGGAGGCGUUUUGGCGAGGGAAUGGAGUUGA